CAGCACAGCUUGAGCUCUCUCAAUUCAACCUCUGCGCCGCCAGCAUCAACACCCUCACACGAUCCAUCUACUUCCUUCCCUCUGACGACAUCACUUUGUGUAGUUGACUGAUCUACAGCUUCAUCCGCACAACACGUUGCGCCCCAUCACCCACCUCCAUUGACUGCAGACUCCGACACCAUCUCCUCAUUCCCUCCUCCCUCUACCAUUGUCCUCCUCCCGAAACAAAAGCCAAACACAGCAAGCAAACGCUCAUUAGGACAGAACUCUCAACCCACGCUACGCGCACAUACACUCUGGUGCCUUCGCCUUCACAACCGUGCCCUGCCCGAAAGAUCCUGAUUCUUCAACCUACAGCAUUCCCCAUCGCCGACGGUAGAAGAGAAAAGAGACAGCGAAUUUGCUUCGUUGAAGGACCUAAAAAGGUUUGAGGAACCGUCUCUACUACUACUUCUUCCCCAGGGGAUUUUACUCAUCACCCAACCCACCUCCAUCAACACCUCCACCUUCACCUCCUCGUCAUCAUCACCAUCGCCCUGAACCUUCUUCCCACCCUCUCCUACAGCAGAUCUUUUCAAGAAUUGUCUGCAGUCUUCUGUCUCCGUACAGCCCUCCGUCCCCCUAUCUAUCUCGACCUCAUUCCUUCCUCAACAUCCCCGUUUGUCAAUAGCACUGGCUCUCCCUCCCGAUCAUCAACACCAGCACGUUUUCCUUCGAAAAAAAACCCCCCAGGUGUACAUAACGAUCAAUCCAAAGAAAAAAAAACUUGUUUCCGACCUCCUUCCCGAUAAACCUUCUCCAAAAUAGUGAAGAGAUUAACCCAUAGCACGAAUCAAUCAUGUCUGCCACUCCACCACCGACCACAGCUCCGACCCAUUCCACCAAGAGACCUCUCGAAGACCCAUCUUCACCUUCAGCUCCCAAUGAUCAACCUGAAGCCAAACGUCCAGCACUCGACAAGAUCGUCAAGAGUGAUGAGGCGGAAUCAAAGCCAGCACCUAAACCAAUUGAGCUACCUGUGGUCACUUCAUCACCAGAAAAGAAGGAGGCUACCAAUGGCGUAAAGCUUGAAGACAAAGAUGCACAAGGCGAUACUGUUGUCCCUGAUGCCGCCCCUCAAUCAAUUGAGACCACGGUCACCUCGAAUCGAGAGAAUUCCACCAGCUCAACUCUGCCUCACGAUGAGAGUGCUUGGAUCCAUAUUCGUGCUGUCAUCACUAGUGCCGAAGCUGCCACCGUUAUUGGUAAGAGUGGUGAGAACGUCUCUCUUGUUAGAAAGAUGUCGAAUGCAAAAUGCACAGUGAGCGAGUACCAAAAGGGAGCCGUUGAGAGAAUCUUGACAGUCAGUGGUGUUGUAGAUGCAGUAGCAAAGGUAUGUUCAUUCUGUCCCAAUUGAUUAGCAUAUGCUAAUCCAGUAGGCUUUUGGUUUGAUCAUUAGAACACUCAACAAUGAACCCCUUGAGUCGCCAUCCAGCAGUCAAUCGAAGACCUACCCUCUGCGAUUACUCAUUCCCCAUAUCCUUAUCGGUUCAAUUAUUGGCAAGGGAGGAGUCAGAAUCAGAGAGAUCCAGGAAGCUUCUGGUGCUCGUUUGAAUGCUUCGGAUUCCUGCCUACCACUAUCAACCGAGCGAUCACUGGUUGUUCUUGGUGUUGCGGAUGCUGUUCACAUUGCUACCUACUAUGUAGGCAGCACACUUUUCGAGCAACUUUCUGAGCGAUUUGGUGGCCCCGCUGCCUCUUGUUAUGCUUCUCGAAGUGGUGGACCCGCUGGUGUUGUUCCUGGUGGCAUGCAAGUUGUACCAUAUGUUCCUCAACCAGCUGGAGGCAACUAUGGCCACCCCGACCACCACAGAGGCCGUAUGGAUCGUGGACAUCACACACCUGCACAGGCUUAUGGUCAACCAUACCCACAACAACCACCUCAGCAACAUCAACCCGCCGCUCAGCCAAUGCACUAUGGCGGACAACCAGCAGUUGCAGGAGGCUACGGUGGAGUUGGACCCCAGCAACCAGUACACCCUGGACAACCCGGACCUCAAUCCCACGCUGGCCCACCAGCUCAACCAAUGCAAGGCAUGGUCCCAGGCCAACCAUUAACUCAGCAAAUUUUCAUCCCAAACGACAUGGUUGGAGCCAUCAUUGGUAAGGGUGGAGCCAAGAUUAACGAGAUCCGUCAACUCAGUGGAAGUGUCAUUAAGAUCAAUGAACCACAAGAUAACAGUAACGAGCGAUUGGUUACUAUUACUGGCACACAAGAGUGUAACCAAAUGGCUCUCUACAUGCUGUAUUCUAGACUUGGUUCGAAACUCCCUUCCCUGCAGCCCCCGAAUGAUUUUACUAACACGUAAACUUUACAGAGAGUGAGAAACAUCGCAUCUGAGUUUCAUGAUCCGAUAUGAUCUCAUUUGGACGGAAGAGAAAAAAGACACGAAUUUUAUAAUAUGCGGCCAUCCACACCCCUGUCCACCAACUUGAAUGGGGUCUUUUUCCUCGACAUUUUUCUCUUUUGCUGGGGGUUCACUUUUACUGGCGUAUCAUGGGAUAUCAAAUUGGGGGCGACCACUAAAAGCCAGUUUUUUUACGCUUUGAGAGGGCAUGGGUUGAUUUGGGGAAUCACCGUUUGGCUCUUUUAUUUGCUUGUUUUCUUUUCUUCUUUUUUCCCCCGAGAUUUGUGUCUUUUGGGAUGGAGAUUCCUUUCGCACUUCCUUUCAAGAGGGAGUGAGAGGGGAAGGGAAGGGUGAUGACCGCCAAUGUUGUUCGGAUAUUGGGCAUAGUUCUUUGAUGAAUAAUUUUUUCUGAUA